AUGGACGUGGACAAAAAAGUGGUGUUUAUCGGUGGGCUACCCGUGAACGUGUAUGGACUCGAAUUUCUCGCUCCGCCUGUGAAUGGGACCGUCCCCGAUGUGCAUGUCAUGAUCUAUCUCCACGGCCGCACUCGCUCCGCGAUGAACGAAGAACCGAUUGUGGAGAUUAUGUACGGAAACGUUCGCCAGUAUAUGACCAAAGAUCCACAGGGAUCCAAAAAAGAUUUGCUUAUCGCGUCUUUUGAUCAGCCUAAUCAUGGAGCACGCAUGACGGAUCCUUUAGAGCAAGACGGAUUUGACUCGGGGAAUAAAGAUAUUUUGAUGGAUCAGUUUGCAAUGAUGGAGCGCGGCGAGAGCGAUACGAAAAAUGUUUUGGAUUUUUUGCCCGCAAUACUCUUUCCUAUGGAUGAACGCCAGAUUACGGGCUGGUCAGUCAUGGGGCGCAGUAUGGGCGGCCAUACGUCCUGGCGCGUACUGGCCGCGGAUCCACGAGUGACUGUGGGCGUAAGCUGUAUCGGCACGCCCGAUUACUACAAUCUUAUGGAGGGGCGCGCUGCGCUAAAUAAGGUGCCCUUAAAGCCACCAUCGGCGCCGGCCUCGUUUGUGAGAUUGGUGAAUGCAACCGGACCUGUCAAUACGCCGUACACAUCGUACAACGCUACGAAUCCGUUUUGGGGAAAAAAGAUUUUUGCCGCGUCUGGCGAAAAAGAUCCAGUGGUGUCUUUUGCAUACAGUCGCUCUUUCUUAGAGAAACUGGUGCUUGGUCCGAAGGACGAUCCGUUGACGAAUGAGUCUUUCAUGGUGUAUGUCCAGCCUUCGACGAAGCACCAGGUGACGACAGAGAUGCUUGAAUUGGCGGGGCGAUGGGUUUACCGCUGGGGAAUCGCGGAGCAGCCCACUCCGCUCGAGCCCAAGCUCGAACUCCGCGGACUACGUGUGCCUGGACCUCCUCCUCGAACGCUGGACAUAGAGUAA